AUGUCUCCAGGCAAGGUUUCCACGCUCGAUUUCGAAAAGUUCUACAAUAUUGUCGACGGCCAGCAGCGCAGCUCCGACCAGAUUCACCACGGCAUCAAUCCCGCCACAGGCCAGGAGCUGUGGGACGUGCCCAUUGCCAGCGAGAAGGAUCUCGACGACGCUGUUGCCUCGGCCAAGAAGGCCUUUCCAGCAUGGAGGGAUAUGCCCGUUGAGGAGAGGAAAGCCUUGCUGGCCAAGGUCACGGAAUCCUUCCAACAGCACAACGACGAGUUUGUCAACCUGCUGUGUAAGGAGUCCGGAAAGCCGAGGAAGUGGGCUGCCUUUGAAGUUGGUGGCGUCGCGGCUUUCAUGGGCCAUCACCUUACGCUCGAUGUGCCCACUGAGAAGCUCGAGGAUGACGAGAAGACCGUCUACACCGAGUACUCGCCGCUUGGUGUCUGCGCUGCCAUCUGUCCUUGGAACUUUCCCUUGAUCUUGAUGGUCGGAAAGGUUGCGCCCGCGCUCCUGACAGGAAACUGCAUGAUUGUCAAACCAUCGCCCUUUACACCCUACACUGCUCUGAAAUAUGUUGAGCUUGCCCAAGAGAUUCUUCCAUCAGGCGUUCUCCAAGUGGUUGGCGGCAACAAUGAACUCGGUGUCCAGAUGUGUCUGCAUCCUGAUAUCGCCAAGAUCAGCUUUACCGGAUCUACCGCUACUGGAAAGAAGGUCAUGGAGACAUGCGCAAAGACUCUCAAGCGUGUCACGCUCGAGCUCGGAGGAAACGAUGCAUCCAUCAUCCUGCCCGAUGUGGAUAUCAAAAAGGUCGCACCAGAGGUUGUCAUGGGUGCUUUCCAGAACUCUGGCCAAGUUUGCGUUGCCACGAAGCGAAUCUACAUCCACGAAUCCAUCUACAAGGAGUUCCUCCAAGAGAUGGUCAACUUUACCAAGCAAAUCAAGGUGGGAAGCCCAGAUGACGGCGACAACAUGCUGGGACCUGUUCAGAACCAAAUGCAAUACGAGCGCGUCAAGGGCUUCUUCGAGGACAGCAAGUCCAAGGGCUACAAUUUCGCCGUUGGCGAGCCCGAUGUCGCUGCUAGCAAGGGAUUCUUCAUCACGCCCACUAUCAUCGACAACCCGCCAAACGACUCUCGUAUUAUUCAGGAAGAGCCAUUCGGCCCUAUCGUUCCUACACAGCCAUGGUCAGAUCUGGAAGAGGUGAUUGCGCGGGCCAACAACACAAAUACUGGCCUUGGCGCCUGCGUGUGGGGUAAGGACGUGGAAAAGGCAAGCAAAAUUGCACGACGCUUGGAAGCGGGUUCCGUGUUUGUCAAUUCGUUCGAGAAGCCCACGCCCCAGGCUCUGUUUGGCGGCCACAAGGAGUCUGGCAUUGGUGGCGAGUGGGGAAAGACAGGUCUGCUCGCAUACUGCAACCCUCAUGUGAUUCAUGUAUACAAGUCGUAG